UGAAUGAAUCAGAAAAAGGCACAAUGCCAAAACACAAGCCACCCUGUGUAAAGCACAGAAACACUUUGUGAGUUUGUUCACUACUGUGCAUAAGCCACGUGCUACUGAAAAAUUCUCCUCCCAUAACCUUUGAAACCGACCCAAAUUCCCAAGUUCAUUUCUGAAUUAGUCAGGUUUCUAAAUAUGAGUCCUUUUGACUUUCAUGAGGUUUUAGAGUUUUUAUCAAUGGAGGUUGUUCUUGAGGUAGCUAAUGUAGUGUUCUGUACAUUGUUUUUGUUAUGGGUUUUUGUCGAUGUUUCCCAAAGGUUUAUCAGGAGGGAAGAUAAUGUUGUAGGAAAACCAGCAAAAUUGUUAAGAAAUUAUGGUAGGAAUUCGAGUUUGUACACUAGUGUAAUAAUGUCCACAACCUAUUUGUGUUAUUGUCUAUAUGAGUCAUUUUGGUGCCAUAAAACUGUCUCAUAUAGUUCAAUUUCAACUGCUUUUACAUGGGUUUUGUCAACCUUAAUCCUUGUUUAUUCCAGAGAAAGAAUCCUUAAAGAACACAAGAAAUGGCCUUUGGUUCUUAUUAUAUGGUGGGUGUACUCUAUGUUGUUCUAUAUGGUUUUGGUAACAUAUUACAUUAUAACUCAUUUAACAUCCAUAGAUUUGAACAUCCCAAAAGCCGAAUUUGUUGAUUUCUUGGGUUUUCCAUUAUCACUUUUCUUAUGCUUCAAUGGGGUUUAUGGUUGUAGUUAUGAACAUGAACUCGAGCAACCAUUACUUCCUCCUGAACAAGAGAGUAGUACUAAAGAGUUAUCUGAUUUCAGAAACAGUGGUUUCUGGAGUAAAAUAGCGUUUUCAUGGCUUAAUCCACUUUUUAGACUUGGUAGGAUUCAGCAGCUUGUAUUAGCUGAUAUACCAUCAGUACCUCAGUCAGAAACUGCAGAAAAUGCCUCAUCUGUAUUGGAAGAAUCGCUUCGAAAGCAGAAGAUCAAUGGAUACUCCUUGCCAAAUGCUAUAUGCAACAGCAUGUGGAAAUCAUUACUCACCAAUGCCUUCUUUGCUGGGGCUAAUACCAUUGCUUCAUAUAUGGGUCCUCUGCUAAUCACCCACUUUGUUGAUUAUCUUUCAACAAAGUCUGAUAACACUAACUACCAUGAAGGCUUGACUCUUCCUGUAAUUUUCUUCAUUGGCAAAUGCAUUGAGUCAAUAUCACAAAGGCAAUGGUACUUUGGUGCUUCUUGUAUUGGUAUUCGUGUCAGAGCAGCUACCAUUGCAUUGGUAUACAAAAGGUCUCUCAACAUCAAAAUUUUUGCUGUUGGGCAAGGAAAUGGGAAGAUCAUCAACUUGAUUAAUGUCGAUGCUGAAAGAAUCGGUGACUUCUUCUUAUACAUUCAUCGAAUUUGGCUACUUCCAUUGCAGGUUUCCCUUGCACUUGUUAUCCUUUAUAUAAAUCUUGGUGCUGCACCUGCAAUUGCUGCUCUUUCUUCCACCAUCUUCGUUAUGAUUUGCAACACUCCAUUGGCUAGUAAGCAAGAGAUGCUUCAUUCGAAGAUUAUGGAAGCUAAAGACUCGAGAAUCAAAGCUACAAUGGAGACUCUAAAGAGCAUGAGAGUCCUUAAACUUCAUUCUUGGGAAUCUUCUUUUAUGGAAAAGAUCUUGAAACUGAGAGAAACUGAGAAAGUUUGGUUGAGUAAGUAUCUGUACACUUCUUCUGCUGUUGCCUUUUUGUUUUGGGCAUCACCAACAUUGGUUUCAGUGGUUACUUUCAGUGUCUGCAUUUUGGUAAAGACACCAUUAACUUCAGGAACUGUUCUAUCUGCUUUAGCAACAUUCAGGAUUUUACAAGAGCCUAUUUAUAACCUGCCUGAGCUGAUAUCAAUGAUAGCACAGACGAGAGUCUCAGUUGCUCGACUUGAGAGCUUCUUAAGAGAUGAAGAUCAUCAAAUGAAGUUGUUAGCAUACCGUAAAUUUAGAGCAUCUAGUCUUGCACUUGAUAUUGAGAGUGGUGAAUAUGCUUGGGAUAUUAACAAUCACUAUGCAAGGAAACCUACAAUCAAGAUUAGUGAACGGUUGAAAAUAGAUAAGGGUUGUAAGAUUGCUGUUUGUGGGUCAGUUGGUUCAGGUAAAUCGAGUUUACUUUGUAGCAUACUUGGAGAAAUUCCAAGAAUUUUGGGUAGGGAGAUUAAGGUGUAUGGAACAAAAGCAUAUGUUCCACAGAAUUCUUGGAUACAAACUGGUACAGUAAGGGAUAAUGUAUUGUUUGGGAAGGAGAUGAACAAAGGAUUUUAUGAAGAGGUUCUGGAAGCAUGUGCUUUGAAUAAAGAUCUUCAGAUGUGGACUGAUGCUGAUAUGUGUGUUGUAGGAGAAAGAGGUAUUAAUUUAAGUGGAGGUCAGAAACAGAGAAUUCAGCUUGCUAGGGCGAUUUACAGUGAUGCUGAUGUCUAUUUCCUUGAUGAUCCAUUCAGUGCUGUUGAUGCUCUCACUGGUGCACACCUCUUCAAGAAGGCUCUUAUGCAAAUGUUGUCUGAGAAAACUGUAGUAUACAUUACUCAUCAGCUGGAAUUCUUGGGUGCAGCAGAUGUUGUUCUGGUGAUGAAAGAUGGAAGAAUUAUUCAGUCAGGAAGAUAUGAAGAUUUGAUUAGAGAUUCAGAAGGUGAACUCGUCAGACAAAUGGAUGCACACCAAAAAUCACUAGAACAAGUUGACACAAAUGACAGUGAAUGUAACCAAAACUCAACUGCAAAAUCAUCAUCUUCAUCAGUUUCUCAAGACCUUAUAGAAGAAAAUUCUUCAUGCUCAAUUCAAUAUGACAAGUUAGCAAAAACUAAUGAUGAAGAAGCUAUAAGAGGGAGAGUGAAUUGGAAUGUUUACUCAACUUUCAUUACUGCUGCAUACAGAGGAGCCUUAGUUCCUGUUAUCCUGCUAUGUCAGAUUCUUUUUCAGGGACUGCAAAUAGGCAGCAGUUACUGGCUUGCUUGGGCAACAGAGGAAGAAGAUCGAGUUAGCCAUAAACGUCUGAUGACAGUUUUUGUUCUUCUUUCUGGUGGAAGUUGUGUGUUUAUUUUAGGGAGGACUAUAUUUCUUUCAACUAUAGCCAUUGAGACUGCUCAGCAGAUGUUCCUCAGUAUGAUCAAAUCUGUUUUCCGUGCUCCUAUAUCCUUUUUCGACUUCACACCAACCAGUCGAAUACUCAGCAGGUCUUCUACAGAUCAAAGUACAGUGGACAUGGACAUCCCUUACAGAUUAGCUGGACUAGUAUUUGCUCUAAUUCAGCUCCUCAGCAUAAUUUUCCUCAUGUCUCGUGUUGCAUGGCAAAUUAUUCUUAUAUUUGUUGCUGUCAUUGCCAUUUCCUGUUGGUAUCAGGCAUAUUAUAUAACAACUGCAAGGGAGCUUGCCAGGAUGGUUGGGAUUCGAAAAGCUCCAAUUCUCCACCAUUUCUCAGAAAGUAUGGUGGGUUCUCCAACUAUCAGGUGCUUCAAUCAAGAGGGCCGUUUUUAUGAGAAAAUUCUGAGUUUGGUGAAUGAUUAUUCAAGAGUUACCUUCCAUAAUAUUGCUGCAAUGGAAUGGCUUUCUGUGAGGAUAAACUUUUUGUUCAAUGUUGUCUUCUUCGUCGUACUAGUCAUCUUAGUGAUGUUGCCAAGGUCAGCCAUUGAUCCAAGCAUGUCGGGCCUAGCAGUCACAUACGGGCUAAACAUGAAUGUGUUACAAGCUUGGAUAAUAUGGAACUUGUGUAAUGUGGAGAACAAAAUGAUAUCAGUCGAAAGGAUUCUUGAGUUUGCAAGGCUACCAAGUGAAGCACCAUCUGUUAUAGAACACUGCAGGCCUGAAUCAGAUUGGCCUACUGAAGGUUUUAUUCAGUUCGAGAAUCUGCAUGUUCGGUAUUCCCCUGAUUUACCCAUGGUGCUAAAAGGGAUCACCAGCACUAUACCUGCUAAGAUGAAAGUUGGAGUUGUUGGAAGAACUGGAAGUGGGAAAUCAACUCUGAUACAAGCACUUUUUCGGGUGGUUGAGCCUUCACAGGGUCGUAUUCUCAUUGAUGGAGUUGAUGUUUGUAUGUUGGGAUUGAAAGAUUUGAGAUCUAGGCUAAGUAUUAUACCUCAAGAUCCUACUCUUUUUCAAGGAAAUGUGAGGUUUAAUCUUGAUCCACUCGAAGAACAUUCUGAUCAAGAGAUUUGGGAGGUACUCAACAAGUGCCAUGGCCUUGCUAGCGUUAUAAGGCAGGACGCGAGGCUUCUUGAUGCCCCUGUUGCUGAAGAUGGAGAAAACUGGAGUUUAGGGCAAAGGCAGUUAGUUUGUCUAGGAAGGGUGCUUCUCCAAAGGAGAAGAAUCCUAGUAUUAGAUGAAGCUACUGCAUCUGUUGAUACAGCAACUGAUAAUAUAAUUCAGAAAACUGUCAGAGAAGAAACAAGCGGAUGUACUGUAAUCACGGUUGCACACAGGAUACCUACUGUUAUUGACAAUGAUCUUGUGUUAGUUCUCGAUCAAGGCAAGAUCGCAGAGUAUGACUCUCCUUCUGAACUGUUAAAAGACGGUUCAACUGCAUUCUCAAAGUUGGUGAAGGAAUUUCUCCGUAGAUCAUCCAAGCAUUUCGAUGAAAUAUAGAAAACAUUGUACGGAAAUUUUUGUAGAGAAUCAUGACAAAGACGACUAUAACAACCCACUAAACCAGAAUGUGAUCCCUCAGCAAGUUACAGUUGUUGGAGAAGAGCAAGCAAAGUAGGCAAGUAGCUUAGGUUCUAAUGUGUUUGUGACAUGUAUGAUGUAUGUAUGUAGUUCUUAACCCUGAACAUUUUUUUUUUAGAAAAGUAGAGAUGAUAUUUAUUGAUUUAUGACCCAUUUUUUAGUCCUUUGAGUAGAA